GGAACUGUAAGACAAACGAUGUCGUGUUGGCCACUACAUACCAAAAAAAAAAAAAAACCAGUUUGUGGACAAAAAGGAAAUUUCAAGAAGCGAAACUGCGAAAGGACGAAAAAGAGAAAGAAAAUACAAAUACUUUCCGACCUUCCUUCUUCUCCUGCUUGGCUGCUUAAGCAUUGCGCUCUCUCUUCCUCUCUCCCUUUCCAAUUUGUAAAGUUUCCCCCUUUCACAUUCCACCUGCAUCAUCAUCAUCGAACCCUAAAAGUCCUUCCCCAAUUUCACCAUCUCCUAAACCCUCAGAAUCCAUCGCCAUCGCCGAUCAAUACCCAUUGACUCGCUCUCCUGCGCGGGAAUUCGAUCGGGUUUCUGAUUCAUUUUCUGCUCGCGGCGGAAGUGGAAUUCGGCGGGUGUGGGGGAAAAUUCGGCAAUUCCCGAUUGUGAUUUCUCGUUUUCCCCGCGCGCGCAAUCAACACAGUCAUGAGCUUUCAAGAUCUCGAGGCCGGGCGCCCCUUGGGCGGCGGCGGGAGGAGGGACCGAAUGAACGGUAAACAGGAUGCCACGCAGGCGGUCGCGUCCGGGAUUUUCCAGAUCAAUACCGCCGUCUCGACUUUCCACCGCCUGGUUAAUACCCUCGGCACUCCCAAGGAUACUCCUGAGCUGCGCGAGAAGCUGCACAAGACAAGAUUACACAUUGGGCAAUUAGUGAAGGAUACUUCUGCAAGACUUAAACAAGCAAGUGAUGCAGAUCACCAUUCUGGAGUUGAUCAACGAAAGAAGAUUGCCGAUGCCAAACUUGCAAAAGAUUUUGAAGCAGUUCUGAAAGAGUUUCAGAAGGCUCAGCGUCUCUCAGCUGAGAGGGAAACAGCUUAUUCUCCAUUUGCCCCCCAUGCAAAAGUUCCUUCCAGUUACUCUGCCAAUGAGGUAGAUGUAAGUUCGGAUAAGAAUCCGGAAGAACGUGCUCUUCUGAUGGAGACAAAAAGACAAGAAGUCGUGCUAUUGGACAAUGAGAUUGCCUUCAAUGAGGCAAUCAUUGAGGAAAGAGAGCAGGGAAUACAUGAGAUUCAGCAGCAAAUCGGUGAGGUGAAUGAGAUUUUCAAAGAUCUUGCGGUCCUUGUCCACGAGCAAGGAACUAUGAUCGAUGACAUAGGUUCCCACAUAGAUAAUGCCCAUGCUGCAACUGCACAAGGGAGACAACAGCUCGUGAAAGCUGCAAAAACUCAAAGAUCAAAUUCCUCCCUGACUUGCUUACUGUUGGUGAUCUUUGGGAUCGUGCUCCUCAUCGUGAUCAUAGUGCUUGCAGCCUAAUCUUGGUUCUCUGCUCAUUCAACGAUGAUUACAUAUCUGCAUAUGUUCAGUUUCCAACAGAAAUAGUGAUUCUCUGUGGUGAAAGGAGGAAAAGAAAGUGAUCUUUUCUUCUUCUGAGAAUGUAUUUGUUGGUUGAUUUCCUUUUCUGAGACGAUGGUUGAAUGAAAGUGUUGAUCUUUUGUGAUGCUGGUGGUGGUAUAUAUAUUGAGUUCUGUCCUAUAUAGUAAGAUGGUUUGUGUGUUUCUUGGAAUCUUUGUUAAUUCUUCAUACCAAGGAAUGAUUCUAUUGUGCACACUGUUUUCUGGCGACUUCUUUUGAUGGUCAAAAGGAUGCUUGUUAG